AUGAGACUAAAUAUAUUAAUACUACUAUUAAUAAUAUCAUCAUUUAAUAGUAUAAUACUUGCUGCAUAUAUAAAAAUGGGUGAAUGUGGUCAAGCAAGAGCUGCACCAAGUGAAAAGCCACCAGAAAAAGGUGGUAUGUGUCAACUACCACCACCUACUAGAAUGGGAACAGCAUCGUUAUCAAUUGAUGCAUUUGGAAAUGGUGCAAGAUGUGGUGCAUGUUAUCAGUUAACUGGACCAAUUGGGAAAACGGUUGUAAUGGUAACUGAUAGUUGUAAUGAUGGUGAUGCAUGUGUUCAACAGGAUUUAUUUAAUUUUAUCAUUUCAAAUAAAGAUUUUGACAAGAUUGGAAAUUCAUCAUCCUAUUCAAAUAUUUAUUCAUUAGGUUAUCAAGAAGUAUCUUGUGAUUUCGCUGGUAAUAUCAAAGCGGUAUAUGGCGGUGGUCUAUCAAAAGGACUUUUAGAUUAUUCAUAUUAUUUAACAAUUGCAUUUCAUAAUUUCAAUACUGCAAUUAAACAGGUUAGAAUUAAGGGUAGUGGUAUGGCAAACUAUAGUAACUUAAGACGUACAUUAGGUAAAUUUACAUGGAACCAAGAGUCGGGUGGUGUAAAGUUUGAUUUUCCUGCAACAGUAUUAAUUACAAGUACAAGUGGUCAAAUUUUACAAUAUACCAUACCAAAGAAACCUCCUGCUAAUAUCCCCCAAGACACCAAAUUACAAUUUAUGCCAAAGCCAACUCCAGAGUUAGAGAACUCAAUAUGUGACAUGGGUUUAAUUCCAGAAUAUAUUUACACAGACUAUUUGACAUUCGGUUGGGUAGGAUACAACUCAUGGAGAUAUAAUAACUUUAAUCUCUCAUCCCAAGAGACAGAUGAUAAUACUGUUUUGGGAACAUCAGUAGUAAAGAUUGAAUUAAAUGGACAAGGUGGUUUACAAUUCACAAGAGAAGGUGGUUUCAAAACUAAAUAUUUAGAUACACUAUCAUUUGAUAUUAAAGUAUCACCACCAACAUCAUCACUUCAAGUUUAUUUCGGUAGAGUCGGUACCUUUACCAUAGAUGAAACCCUCAGUGAAGAUUGGUCCAAUGUAGAACUCUCAGUUAAAAGAGAUUUACAACCAGAUGAAGUAGAAUACUCUUUAUCAUUCUACAACAAUCAAGCACAAACCAUCACUUUAUGGAUCGAUAAUAUUAAAUGGGGUUUCUCUGCUGACGCACCCAAAAGACCACCUACCGAUGUGGACACUAGCACAACCAAAAACUCCUCACCAAAUGGCGGAAGCGGUGUUGGCUCCACUAUAACUGCAAAUAUAUUCUCUUCGAUUGGUAUUACUUCAAAUAAAAAUGGUGUUCUUACCGGUAUUGCCGAUGGUGGUUCAGGUGAAAAUGAAAGUGAUGAUGACAAUCCACACAGAGUAAGAAAAAAUCAUGGUGAUAUAAAUAACGAUGGUAUAGAUGACUAUUAUCAAGAAGGUGGUUUGGGUUAUCCAGAUAAUGCUGUAUCUUCAAUUCACACCUCUUUAAAUAGUAUUUUAAUUUUAUUAAUUGCUAUAGUUAAUAUAAAUAUAAUCUUAUUAUUUUAA